GGCUGCUUAGUACAAGUAACAUGCCGGUAGAGCUAACGUUAGCUAGUUAACCGGCAGGUCUGAUUUCGCUGGCUUGGUAGUGGGCAAAGGAAAGCAUAAAGCUAGUGCUAGCUGUACGUAACUUGCUAGUAUCAUUUGGCUGGCUAGGCCCGUGCGUUGCAUGAAACGGCAUCCCGGCGAAUAAGCCAGGAUUUAUAAACGAGUGGACUAAAAGAAACUUCAGACUUUGUCAUCGGCAGAGUUAAAUGUAUGAAGUUAACAAUCUGAUCUUGUCGAACUACAUUUGUCAAGCCAGCGCGAGUUUCUUUAAUUUAAAAGAAACGGUCAUAGGAGCGGUUUUGGGGCCCACGUCGAAUGUUACAGGCCCACUCUACCUAUCCGGUUAUUUUUUCACAUUUUUAUUAGAAAAUCUGCACGUGUGUAUUGGCAGGGCGAUUAGGGCAGUGACUUCCACGUUGGCCUGCUACAGAGCAACACCCUCAUCUGGGAGUUGCACAGUUUUGAACUAUUUCUAUACUGGUCCGUGGCUCUCCAUGCAGAACCCCAUGAAAUGAAUAAAGCACCACAGCCUAUAGCAGGACCCCCCUCUGCCCCCCACCCUGCCCCCUCCCCUGGACUCUCUCAGGCCACUUUUCCUCCUGGUCAGCCACCCUCUGUUGUCUUUGCCACUCCACCCCCACAAAUGAACCCCACACCGCAACCCCGCCAGUUUGCUGCAGGGCCUCGUGCUUUACACCAACAGGGAGGAUUCAGGUCACUGCAGCCGUACUACCAGAACAGGCCCAGUCUGCCCAGCAAUGCCCCACGAGUCCCGCCCAGCAGCACGCCACGGCCCGUGGCUCCCACGCACGUAUACCAACCUGGGUCCCAGAUGAUGAUGAUCCCACAGCAGCAACUGACGUUCGGCAACUCCCAGGCACCCACCUACUUCAUCCCCCCUGGACAGUACCGGUCGACCUACGUGACCCCUGCCCCACAGCAGUACCCGGUCCCCGCAGGCACCCCUGGCUUCUACGGAUCCAGCCCUGCAGAAUAUGGUACAUAUGCCGGAGCCUACUACCCGGCGCAGCCGCAGUACGCCCCCACGGUGCCGGCCCCCUCCGUCAUGAUGAACCCCCCCCAGCCACAACAGCCCCCCCCACAGCAGCAGCAGAUCCCACCCAAACGGGAGCGAAAACAGGUACUGCCCCCAGGUUCCUCCAAGAUCAGAAUACGAGACCCGAACCAGGGCGGCCGGGACAUCACAGAGGAGAUCAUGUCCGGGGGCAGGACUGCCUCCACCCCGACACCUCCGCAGUCUGGCAUGCAGGGGCUGGAAGGAGGCCUCACCCAGGCCAACGGUGAGAGCGUGACACCUGCAGUUUUGGCUGCUGGACCAGAUGACAGAGCGAAGCCUCCGCCCGCCGCCACUCCUCCCCCCUGCAAGCCCACGGAGGCCAGCCCUAAAGAGCCCUCCGCAGGUGACGGCAAGCCCGAAACGGACACUAGGGUGGCCCCCCUAAUGGAGGUGCCCAUCCCCCCCGGGGAGUCUCCCAUCAACACUCCCAACGCCUCCCCCAUACCCCCGCCGGACGUUCCCGUCAGCGACAUCGUGGAUGCCCCCACGGGACCCCCGGCUCCCACCCCCCCUGACACACCGCCCCCGGACGCGGACCCCCUUCCUCCCGCCGCGGAGGAACAGCCCGCAUCCCCCGAGCCUGAGAAGAUGGAACAGGAGGAGGAGGAGGAGGUGGAGGAGGAGGUAGAGGAAGUGAAGGAGGAGGAAGAGAAGAAAGAGGAAGUGGAGGAGAAGGAGCAGGCUGUGGUCCUGGAACCUGCCCCUGUGCCUUCUGCCCCUGCCCCUGCCCCUGCACCUGCCCCCGCGCCCGCUGCUGCUGCCCCGCCCACUCCGCCCUCCACCGCUAACGGGCUGGGCGCCGAGCCUCUGACUGAAGAGCGGGUCGACACCCCGCCGCCCAAACCGGAGGUGCCCCAGGACUCGCCCGCCGCGCCCGUCUCGCCCAUCACCCAGCCCGAGGAGCUGAUGCUCUCCAACGGCCUGGUCGCCCCGGGGGCCCCGAGCCAGGAGGAGGCGUCGGAGGAGUCGCCUGACGCCGACAUGGACCCCAUCGUCGAGCCCGAGGUCGCCCAGCAACCGGAGGCCCUACCCACGGCCGUCGCCACGCCUGUGGCCCCGCCUCCCGCUGCCGUGACCCCGCCCCCUCCUGCUGAGGAGAGGGAGGACACGCCUCCUCCACAGGCUGCCGUUGCCGCCGCUGCCGCCCCCACAGGGGAGAUCUCUAUGCAAGCUGCUGUGUCUGUGCCAAAGAAGAAGAGAAAAAUGAAGGACCUGAACAAAAAGGAGGCUGUGGGAGACAUCUUGGAUGCCUUUAAAGAGGAGCAGGUGGUGGAAAGCCCCCCUGAGCCAGAGCAGGCCCAGUCGGUGCCCGUGCAGCCUGUCCCCGCUGCUGCAGAGGAGGUGGACGAGACCUGGGAGGAGAAGGAGGACAAGCUCGACGCAGAGAACAUCGAACCCGAUGCCCCCAAGCCUGGAGACCUGAAGUAUCAGUACAAAGAAGAGCAAUGGAAACCCAUCAACCCCGAAGAGAAGAAGAAAUACGACCGCGAGUUCCUGCUGGGCUUCCAGUUCAUCAGCGCCAGCAUGCAUAAACCCGAGGGACUGCCGCACAUCACCGAAGUGGUGCUGGAUAAGGCGAACAAGACUCCCCUGCGCCCGCUCGACCCCAGCCGUCUCACUGGCAUGAACUGCGGGCCAGACUUCACCCCGCCUUUCGCCAAUUUGGGGAGGCAGCCUAUGGGUGGCAGAGGGCCGCCCUCUGGCAUGGGAGGCCCUCGGCGGUCCCAGCAGGGCCAGCGCAAGGAGCCGCGGAAGAUCAUCGCCAGCGUCUCGCUCACCGAGGACGUGAAGCUCAACAAGGCCGAAAAGGCCUGGAAGCCGUCGGCGAAGAAGGUGGUGACCAAAGAGAAGACCGAGGAGGACCCCGAAAUCGCCCAGACCCAGGAGCUGUUCCGCCGCGUGAGAAGCAUCCUCAACAAGCUGACGCCCCAGAUGUUCCAGCAGCUCAUGAAGCAGGUGACGGAGCUCACCAUCGACACCGAGGAGCGCCUGAAGGGCGUCAUCGACCUCAUCUUUGAGAAGGCCAUCUCGGAGCCCAACUUCUCCGUUGCCUAUGCCAACAUGUGCCGCUGCCUUAUGGGGCUUAAAGUCCCCACCACUGACAAGCCGGGAGUCACUGUGAAUUUCCGCAAGUUGCUGCUGAACCGCUGCCAGAAGGAGUUUGAGAAGGACAAGGAUGACGACGAGAUCUUCGAGAAGAAGCAGAAGGAGUUGGAUGCUGCUGCGGUGGGGGAGGAGAAACAGCGUCUCAAGGAGGAGCUGGACGACUCCAAGGACAAAGCCCGACGGCGGUCUCUCGGGAACAUAAAGUUCAUCGGCGAGCUCUUCAAGCUGAAGAUGCUGACAGAAGCCAUCAUGCACGACUGCAUCGUCAAGCUGCUGAAGAACCACGACGAGGAGUCGCUGGAGUGCCUCUGUCGCCUGCUGUCCACCAUCGGAAAGGACCUGGACUUUGAGAAAGCCAAGCCUCGCAUGGACCAGUAUUUCAACCAGAUGGAGAAGAUAAUCAAGGAGAGGAAGACCUCGUCUCGAAUCCGUUUCAUGCUGCAGGACGUGCUGGACCUCCGACGGAACGUCUGGGUGCCCAGGAGAGGAGACCAGGGGCCCAAGACAAUCGACCAGAUUCACAAGGAGGCGGAGCUGGAGGAGCACAGGGAGCAGAUAAAGGUGCAGCAGCAGCUCCUGAAUAAGAAGGACACCCGCGGGAGCAGCGGGGGCGGAGGGGGAGGCGGCGGGGGCGGAGGCGGAGGCGGAGGCGGGGGCGGGGGUGGGGGCCGUGGGGGGCCCCAUCCGCCCGGGAGCCGCAUCAGCGUCCCGCAAGACGAGGGCUGGAACACCGUCCCCAUCUCCACUAAAAACCGGCCCAUCGACACCAGCAGGCUGAGCAAGAUCACCAAGCCUGGUGCGAUGGACUUCAACAAUCAGCUGCUUGCCCCUGGGGGCAAAGGCACAUGGGGCAGCUGGGGCAAAGGCAGCAGCGGGGGUUCGGGCUCCAAGCCCAGUGGAGGAGAAGCAGCUCCUGAGUCGGGUCGCCCUGCCACCAGCACCCUGAACCGCUUCUCCGCCCUGCAGCAGUCCGCGCCUUCGGCGUCCGCCCCCCCUGCUGACAGCGACCGGAGGGUCCCUCAGAGGGGCAGCUCCAGCCGCGAGCGCAGCGACCGAUUCGAGCGGCCCGAGCGCCUGGACCGGGGCUUCGACCGCCGGGACGACCGCGCCAUGGAGAGGGGCGACCGCAACCGCCCCCCCGUCACCAAGAGGAGCUACAGCCGGGAGACGGAGGAGCGCAGCCGGGAGAGGGACCGGCGCGGGUCUGCCGACCCCGUGCGCAGGGUGUCCAGCAUGACCGACGACCGCAGCAGCCGCGACCGGGACCGCGCCCGGAGCAAGGAGACCGUGAAGCGCGAGGCUGCGCCCACUCCCCCGCCCACCCAGGCCAAGCCUGCCAUGAGCGAGGAAGAGCUGGAGAAGAAGUCCACAGCCAUCAUCGAGGAGUACCUGCACAUCAACGACCUGAAGGAGGCGCUGCAGUGCGUGCAGGAGAUGAACUCGGCACAGCUGCUCUUCGUGUUCGUGCGGAACGGCAUCGAGUCGACGCUGGAGCGCAGCACCAUCGCCCGAGAGCACAUGGGCUUCCUCCUGCACCAGCUGGUGAAGGCCGGCACUCUGCCCACCGAGCAGUACUACAAGGGGCUGCAGGAGAUCCUGGAGGUGGCGGAGGACAUGGCGAUAGAUAUCCCCCACAUCUGGCUGUACCUGGCUGAGAUCAUCAGCCCCAUGCUCCAUGAAGGAGGCAUCCCCAUGGGAGAGCUCUUCAAGGAGGUGUCCAAACCACUGGUCCCGCUGGGCAAGGCUGGCAUCCUGCUGGCGGAGAUCCUGACCUUACUGUGCAAAGGAAUGAGCCAUAAGAAGGCCGGGGUGCUGUGGAGAGAGGCAGGCCUCAGCUGGAAGGACUUCCUCCUGGAGGACGAGGAUGUCAACAAGUUUGUGACGGAGACGAAAGUGGAGUUCACGCUGGGAGAUGACUCCGAGAAGACCAGCAAGGAGCAGCUGUCGUCUGAGGAACUGUGCAGACACAUGGACAAGCUGAUCGAGGAGAAGGCCGACAACCAGAGGAUCUACGACUGGGUGGAGGCCAACCUGGACGAGCAGCAGACUUCUUCCAACAUGUUUGUACGGGCAGUGAUGACCUCGGUGUGUCAGAACGCCAUUAUCUUGGAAAACCCGUACAAGGUGGACGCGGAGCAGAUCACGCUGAGAGGCAAGCUGCUGCAGAAGUACCUGUCGGACGAGCAGAAGGAGCUCCAGGCCCUCUACGCCCUGCAGGCCCUCAUGGUUAAGAUGGAGCAGCCGGCCAAUCUGCUGCGGAUGUUCUUCGACACGCUGUACGACGAGGACGUGAUCAAGGAGGAGGCCUUCUACAAGUGGGAGUCCAGCAAGGACCCGGCCGAGCAGCAGGGCAAGGGCGUGGCCCUCAAGUCCGUCACCGCCUUCUUCACCUGGCUGCGCGAGGCGGAGGACGAGUCCGACAACAGCUAAGCCCCGCAGAGCGCGGGGGGGCCCCGCGGGGCCCGGGGGGAGGGGGACUGUCAGGCUGGGGCCGCGCUACAAUCGGCACGGCCCUUCUGCAAAAUCCUUAGUCGGAGCAAUUCUACAGAUCGGACAUGCCAUCGUUUAUUUUUUUAUUUUUUAUUUUUCCUUCCUUCUGGCAAAUGUCUUUAACAAAAUGAAAUAAAAUGAAAAUAAUUUAAAAAAGAAAAAAAAAGAAUGAUAAAGAUGAAAACUGUGGGAGUGCAGUUCCUUCAGCGUUUUGGUUUUAUCUAGUUUUAAGGCGUCACUACACAAUUCAUGACGUAAAAUAAAAUCCAGAACAGAUAAACUAAGGCUGCUCUUAUAUUUGAAUAUCAUAUUGCGUUUAUGAAACAUGAUGUGUAUCAUGUGUCAUAUGUGUAUGAUAUACAUACCGCUCUUAUGUAGGUGGAUAGCAUUUUCUUUUCCUUAGGUGUAGGACGAUUGGAGUGUUUUUUUAAUAUAAAGGAAAAAUACGAAGUGGACAAGCUGGAGUUGUCUUUGGGACAUUUCAGAAUGGAGACAAAUGGAUUACAAGCUUUCUGGGGAGGGGACCUCCUGGGGGGGUGAGGCGGAGGGCAGAAUGGACAUUGACCUUGCUGCUGGGGUCACACUGCUCCCUCGUCUGACCACACCACCCCCUGUCCUGUGUGUCCGUUUGACUUUUCUCCUACACUUAAUCUGUGGGGGGCCUGGCAAGGCCCUCCUGCAAGCCUGUAGUGGAUUUUAAAAGAUAAAAUCAUUAUUAAAACUUGAAAGUAUAUAGAAAAUUCAACUUUAAAAGUAAAAAAGAAACAAACAAAAAAAAAAAAAAAAAAAAAAAAAGAAACAGUACAGAUCCUAAAGGCUUUUCUGCUUCCUUAAGUGGAAAUACAUUUCAGGAGAGUUCUGUAAAUAUAUAUUAAGGUUUUUUUUUUUUUUCUUAUUUUUCAAAAAUAAAAAUGCUAAUGUAAUGCCAUGUAAUUUUUUUUUUUUUUUCUUUCCAAAAAAAGUGGCUGAGUUUUCCUGUAUUUAUAUUUUUGUUUCUCCUUGGCUAGAAAGAAGGUGCUUGUAAUUAUCACCUGAAUUCAUUGAUUACAAUUUAAUUGAAAUUUGUAAAUACUUUUUUGCUUUCUUUAUUAAGUAUUUAAUUAAAAAAUUAAUGCCUCUUUUCACAUCGGAACUGGAAAAGAUAAAAAUAAAGAACAUUGCAAAUAAAGACAA